UUGUGCCGGAGGAUCCCAAUUGGUUUCAGUGAGAGGGUUUAGCUGGGGGUAGGAUCCCUAGAUUAAUCAUUGGGGACCGAUCUGCACCGCAUGAGGUUUUCGUGGUCCGAUGCGAGAGCCGGCAACGAGUUUGCGGAGGUGUUUGGUUGUGCGCUGAUACGUACUCGUCGCACGGUCACAUGGCGUAGUGCCCGGGUUCCAGAGUGUAUUAGUAGUCUGUGAAGCAAAUCCCCUUUAUCGCGUCCCUGGACCUAUGUUUCUUGGUUUCAAUUUCCGGUGCUCCCUGAUUGGUGUUCAGCAAGCACGAAGGUUCUCUAGGUGGCGUCCGUCGCCGCAUAGUUGCUCUAUUAGGUCGAGGUGGCUCGUUUCUCUCGAUUGAUUUGAAGAAGAGUUUCGUGGAUUGCGCCCAAGUCGCGGAAACCGAUAUGAACGAGUGGCUUUCGCAAUUAAUGAAAGUUUUGGCAUCGAAUUGGGGUUGGAUUGUCCUGAUUUGACGAGUAUCGCGCUCAAUGGUCGCUGUAGGGAAUUUUGGCGCUGUUAGAUUGAGAAUACAGCUCAGCAAGGGCGAUGAUUGCUGGUGGCUAGAUCGUAAGCGGGGAAUGGAGUUUAGAACGGCUUUUCUGACACUCGCCGGCAUGAUCUGAAAGUCAGAUUGGUUUGAUUGGUGUGUAUAUCGCAGAAAGGAGAAGAAGAAGGGUAAGAAGGGCGGUCUAUUUUAUGACGAAGACGAAGACGAAGACGAUUUUGAUGCAACAGAUGGCCCGUAAGCUUCUGUGGGAUCGGCUGAAGCUGAGGAAGCCUUGGAUUCAUUGGCUGCUAAAUAGAAGAACAAGAAGAAAGGAGGAGCAUCGGAAGUGGCAUUCGAUUGGUUAGGUGGGGGCAUGUCCGAUGGCGAAGUUGCCUCAGGAAGCCUGUCUGGUCCUGCUGUGGACGAAGCAGAAAAGGACAAAGCUGAGGAAGAGGAGGAGGUCCUCAUGUUUGGUGGCAAGAAGAAAGGAAAGAAAGGGAAGAAAAACAAGAAGGCCUCCGUGGAUGAUGAAUAUCCUGUUCUCGAUCCUGAAGCUGAAGCCGAAGUCGAAGCCGAAGAAGCUAUUGGUGUAUCUGCUGCUUAGAGUAAGAAAGGAGGAGCAAAGAAAGGGGCGUUUAGUAUGUUGAAUGAGGAUGUAUUCGAUGGAGAAUUUGCUUCAGUGAGCCCGUUGGUUAACCAAGCAGGAAAGGUCAAAGCCGAGGAAGAGGAGACUAUCACGUUUGUCGGUAAGAAUUAAGGGAAGAAAGGAAAGGACAACAAGGCCUUCAUAAAUGAUCAUUAUCCUGCUCUGGAUCCUGAAGCCGAAGCUGCCGUUGAUUUGUCUGCUGCUAAGAAUAGCAAGAAGGGGGAGGAAGUAGCAAAAAAUCAGCGUUUAGUAUGCUAGAUGAAGAUAUCUCUGAUAGCAGAGCGACUUUAGUAAGCCUAGUCGUUCCUGCUUUAAACGAAGCAGAAAGUGACGAAGCCGAGGAAGAGGAGACUCUCAUUUUCGCCGGUAAGAAGAAGGGGAAGAAAGGGAAGAAGGAAAAGAAGGCUUCGAAUGAUGAUGAGGACAUUGAUGCUCUAAUUGGUAAGCUGGAAGGACACACGAUGACUGAAGGUAAUUGUUCAUGCACGAUUAGGUAACGAGGGCGAAUUGUAUAGUGAUCGCCGUCGUGACAUGCACACUACAUGAGCUCCAGCCAGCAGUCUCGAUUGUGAAGAGCGCUGCGUCGAGAAGCAGCUGCAGCGCCAUCCGCAGUUCCUGCAGAGCGGAAGGGCAAACAGAAGAAAAAAGGGAGAAAGAGUGGACGAACCGCUCAAGAGGAAGAAGACCUUGAUGCCAUUCUUGCAGAAUUGUAAGGGCCAAGAAAAUCUAAACCCCCUGCUUCGUCUGCCGCGGAGGCUGUUGUGCCUGCUCCUCCUGAAUCAUCUGCGUCAGUUGCAGAGGAGGAACCUACAGCUGCGGAGAAGUUUUCAGCAACUGGAGCUGGUCUGCUUGAAGCCGAAGAAGUCGCAGAGUCAGCAGCUUCAAAAAAGAAGAAGAUGAAGAAGAAGAAAGAGAAGGAAAAGGCUGCAAAGGUUGGAGCAGCUGACAAACCUGCAGAGGAUGAAGUAGUUGAGGAGAAGAACGCUCCAGUGAGAAUAGAGGAAACUAAAGCCAAGGCUUCUGACAAGAAGGUACCAAAGUAUGUGCGGGAGAUGCAAGAGCCGCUGGCCCAGAUGAAAGAGGUUGAAGAGAAGACACUUCGAAUUAUGGACCCUUUUUGACAGGGACACACUUUUUAAUUCCGGCAUUGGUCAUGCAAUUACAUGCCUCCGCUUGCAGGAAGAGGAGAAACGCCGGAGAGUGGAGAAAGAGCAGCAAGGGCUGGAGGAGUUGUAGCAGCAGAAAGAAGAAUCCAAGCGCAGGCGCAAGGAGUGUGAGAGAGAGAAAUGCUGCUGUAGAAGAAGAAAGAGGGCAAGUUGUUGACAGCAAGGAUAAGGAGGAGCUUCGACGAUUGGCUUGAAUAAGAGAGCAGUUUAUGACCUCUGUGGAUCAGGACAGUCCCGCAGGAGAGGAGGCAUCCGCUCCAAGGAGACCCAAGUUUGAAACGAAGAAUAGGCGCAAGCCAGCUGCAGCGGGACAAACAGCUGAAGCAGAUCUUGCUGUUCUAGCAGUAGCGGAGUUAGCAGAGCCAGCAGUGCAGGAACCAGAGCUGGAGGUAAUACCAGAGCUAGGUGCGGAAUCGGAGCCAGUAGUUCCAAUGGAGGUGAAAGAGGAAGAGGAAGAGGAAGAAGAGGACUGGGAUGCUAAGAGCUUUGAGGAGGUUAACCUUCCUUCAAUCAAGAGUGCAUUUGCUGAGGAAGAAGCUGACGAUGGCCCAGUAAAAGCUGGGCAAGUUGUGAUUCCUCCUCCAAGUGCCCUUCCAGCUGUUGCUAAACCUUCUCCUAGGAAGAAACCUGCACCUCCUUCAAAAUCACAGGCGAAGGUUGUGGAAAGUGAAGACGAGAAUGGGAAGGAUGAGGGGGAGGAUGAGGACAGCGAGGAAGGUGUGGACGUGAGGAAACGCCAGGAGGCGAAGGUGAGAAGAAAAGCUCGAAUAGCAUAAGCUCUGAAGAAGAGAAGUGCAGUGGAUCUGAGGUUUCCGGUAUGCUGUAUGUUAUGUCACGUUGAUACAGGCAAGACAGAGCUGCUUGAUUGUAUUUGGCGAAGGAAUGUGCACGAGGGAGAAGCUGGUGGUUUUACUCAGCAGAUUGUAGUUACGUAUUUCACGAUUUCACGAUUUAGCAAGACAACUAAAGAAUUGCAAACAGAUGCUAAACUGAAAGUUCCUGGUCUUGUUUUCGAUACACCAGGCCACGAGUCUUUUACUAAGGGCCGGGGGUUCUAGUCUAUGUGAUGUAGCCAUUCUGGUCAUUGAUAUCAUGCAUGGAUUGGAGCCACAAACCAUCGAGUCCCUCGGUCUUCUGCAAUCACGACACACUCCUUGUGUGGUUGCCCUGAACAAUGAAAACUUUGGUGUUAUGGGA